UACUGUCCGCGCUUUAUUGCGAAAGUCAGGGGGCGAGGUCCUGAGGUCCGCGCGCGCGGCGCGGCCAGACGCGGCGGGCGUGGCGGAGGAUGGAGGCGGUAGCGUCCAACGCAAAGGUCGGGGCUGCGCGUGAGAAGGUGGCGGUGUAGGCACACGGGCUACGUGGAGGCCGGCGGUGGUGGCCGGGCCAUGGCGGGAGACCGUUUUCGUUGGGCUCCCUGAGGUGCGCUCUCUGAAGUCUCGGCGAGCCGUGACCCAUGGGCUCGCUGAGCAGCCGAGUGCUGCGCCACCCGGGGCGAGCCCGAGCCCAGCAGGAGCCGGGUUCUGGGGCUGGGGGCUCGGCCCGGAGGCCGGAGAGUGGUGGCGACGCGGCCGCCCACGGCUUCUGUUACUGUCCGGGCAGCCGUAAGCGCAAGCGGAGCAGCGGGGCCUUCUGCUACUGUCACCCCGAUUCCGAGACAGACGAGGAUGAGGAGGAAGGGGACGAGCAGCAGCGACUCCUCAACACCCCUCGAAGGAAAAAAUUGAAGAGUACAUCCAAAUAUAUUUAUCAAACAUUAUUUUUAAAUGGUGAAAACAGUGACAUUAAGAUUUGUGCUCUAGGAGAAGAGUGGAGCUUACACAAAAUAUAUUUAUGUCAAUCUGGCUACUUUUCUAGUAUGUUCAGUGGUUCAUGGAAGGAGUCCAGCAUGAAUAUUAUUGAACUGGAGAUUCCAGACCAGAAUAUUGAUAUAGAAGCACUGCAGGUGGCAUUUGGGUCAUUGUACCGAGAUGAUGUCUUAAUAAAGCCCAGUCGAGUUAUUGCCAUUUUGGCAGCAGCUUGUAUGCUGCAGUUGGAUGGUUUAAUACAGCAGUGUGGUGAGACAAUGAAGGAAACAAUUAAUGUGAAAACCGUAUGUGGCUAUUACACAUCAGCAGGGACCUAUGGACUGGAUUCUGUAAAGAAAAAGUGCCUUGAAUGGCUUCUAAACAAUCUGAUGACUCACCAGAAUGUUGAACUUUUUAAAGAACUCAGUAUAAAUGUCAUGAAACAACUCAUUGGUUCAUCUAACUUAUUUGUGAUGCAAGUGGAGAUGGAUGUAUACACAGCCCUUAAAAAGUGGAUGUUCCUUCAACUUGUGCCUUCUUGGAAUGGAUCUUUAAAACAGCUUUUGACUGAAACAGAUGUCUGGUUUUCUAAGAGGAGAACAGAUUUUGAAGGUAUGACCUUCCUUGAAACUGAGCAAGGAAAACCAUUUGUGUCAGUAUUCAGACAUUUAAGGUUACAGUAUAUUAUCAGUGAUUUGGCCUCUGCGAGAAUUAUCGAACAAGAUUCUCUAGUACCUUCAGAAUGGCUAUCUUCUGUGUAUAAACAGCAGUGGCUUGCUAUGCUCCGGGCAGAACAAGACAGUGAGGUGGGAUUACGUUUGGCUUCUUUUGAUAGCAGUGGAAAACUAAUAUGUAGUAGAACAACUGGCUAUCAAAUACUUACACUUGAAAAGGACCAGGAACAAGUAGUGAUGAACUUGGACAGCAGGCUUCUGAUCUUCCCUUUAUAUAUCUGCUGUAACUUCCUGUAUAUAUCGCCAGAAAAAAGAACUGAAAAUAAUCAUCCAGAAAAUCCAGAAAACUGAGGAUCUCAUCAGUUGGAAACAGUAGCACUUUGUAAACUUUUUUGGCCAGCUUUAAUUUAAUGGCCCUGCAGAUACUCACAUCUAAGGUGACUAACAGUGACAAAGGCCUUAUGAACUGUUCAGAUAAUACAGAAGACUAUUCUUAUCCUCAUUACAUUUCUAUGCAUAUAUAAAAAAACAUUUUAAAGCCAAGAAAAUAUCUGUCAAACCGUUUGUUAUAAAGAUGUCGACUCAUGCUUUUUAAUUUGGCAUCAGUAGAAAAUUGCCGUAGGUAAAUUUCACAUUUCUCUGCAACCAAAUAUAGAGUUAAUUUUUAGCUUGAACUUUGAUCCUACCUAAUGUUAGUGAACCUCAAUUAUCCAUCUGUAAGUUUUAUUUUUAUUUGGCUAAAAGAAUGCUAAAGGAAUAAUUUGAAUGGCCAAUUAUAAAUGCUGUUUCAGUUGGUGUGUUUAAAGCUGUCCUUUUAAUUUUUUCAACUGCUCUUUAUGAUUCCUGCUCCUAGUCAAAUAUUCUUCCAAUCUAUAUAUGUUUUUAAUCAUUAAAUUUUUUUUCAUGGUUUUGAAGACUGAGGAACUUUUUAUUUAACGUAAGCAUUUUCAUGCUAUUUUAUUUUGCUUUUUAUUGAUAUUUAGCUUUCCUAGGAUUUUAACAACAAAAAAAUCAGGUUCAGACUUUCAAAUGAACUUGGAUGGGGGAGAAAAUCAGUUGGAUUCUGAGGAUAUUCCUUUGCCUUACAUGGUCUUUUCUUUGACAUGCUGUACAACUCUAUUAUUAGGUCACAGAUUAUUUAUGUACCAAAUAUUACACUUUAAACAUUCUCAUAUUCUGUGAUCUUUUUAUUUAUGUUCAAAUUUUAGUUGGGAAUCCUAUUUCCUACUUAAGCUCAGGACUUUAUAACCUCUGAAUUGAGUGCCUUUGAGUUACACAUGCUAUUAGAAAUCUCAUAGUAAAUGUAAAUAAGGUCGGAGGAUAUCAUAUAGAAGCUGAUAAUAAAACAAUGUACAAAUAGAACUUAUUUUUGUCAAAAAUGAGAUGUACAUUUGUCAUGAUUUAUAUAUGUUGGUUUCUUGUG